AUGCCAAACCAGCGGCCCGUCUCUCCGGUCGCUCUCGAGCCAUGUUGCCCUCCACCUGAAUCGGACCACGAUCUACAUGGCUUACUAGGCUCUGAUGAUGAGCUUGAUGAUGUGUCUCGGGCUGCGAAGUAUCAGCGAAUCGAAAGGCUGGCAGAGGCAUAUCUCCAGGGCCGACCUAUGUUCAUUUCCUCUGCGGCGCUGCGUGGCCCGUUUGAUGAGGGAUGGAAGAAUCCGUGGAGAAAGAAAAGGAAAGUUACUACGAAGUCCGAUACGAAGCUGAGCGUUGCGGAGUCUGGAGGGCGAGAUAAGACGCACGGGACGACUGUCAGAAAGACCGACGUACGGAAGAAGAGAUAUAAGACCGAUUUGGAAGUCCAUUCUCGUCCUCAUACUGUCUCGGCUUCUCCGUUCGUGCAAGAGCUUGCCCCCGCGUUCAAUAUUGAAAAUCGAGCUUCUCCUUCACCUUACAGGUCUGGCCAGAAGAGACCAUCCGGUAUUGCUCGCGCGGAGGAAAUCAGUCGAGUUUCACCCCAGCUACCUAAGAGGCUAAAAGAAGAACCCCAGUCGACGGAUAAUCCUACUCUCGCUGAACAAAGCUCGGCAGACUGGUUGAAGAAGGGCCGAAGACGGAUGAAACUCAAGUCGUUUGAACCGCCUAGUUCCCCAACACCGAAGAGUGGGCAUAGAUCGGAGAUUGGGUCUCGUGGCAGUGCAUCGCGCUCUGUGGCUCCAAAGUCACCUAGUUCAUCAGACCUAGCUACCGCACAGAAGGCCACGCUUUCUGCACGGCUGCGUACAAAUAUUGCUGCCAACGUCUCUCCUCAUGCGACUCGAUCGCCUGCGCAGGCUCCGCAGCAAAGCCCAAACACUAUUGCUGCUGUUCCAUCGCCUUGUGAAACUGCUUCUGAAAAUUGUGCAAAAGGGAGUUCGCUCCGAGUCAUAUCUUCCACUUCUCAGCUGGCGCGCUUUGAGUAUCGGUUGCGUGUACCUGUCUCGAGCCCGCAGUCCGAACCCAACUCAACGGCUGAAGAAUUUAUUGCUGCAAAUCCGUCUACUCAAGCUGAUGAGAAGAUCGAUGCUGAUGCACCGGAGCCUGUUCAUCAACUACGGCCCAAGGAACCUCCGAACACCGGCCAUGGAACAGACCAACCAGUACAAUUGUCAAAAAGCCUCCGGUUUGUCAAUGAUACCGACGGAGCGACCUCCACAAGUACAUAUAUCCCAACUGCAACGGAGCAAAAUACCUACGACGAGCUCCCAUCUGCUCAACAAGUACCAGUUCUACCAGGCGUUUCAGACCGGGUGCCAUCUCUUUACUCGACAAUAAUGUCCAAGGAGAAUGCAAAUAUUCACAAAGACACUAGUCCGGAUACACAAUUAUCUACACAGGCUGCUUUCUUACAUGCACAAAAAUCCUUCCAGGAUGAUUUGGAAAGCCCCGCUCACGGAUACGGCAUUACACCAGCUCAGCCGCGGGCGAUGACAAAUGCGGGUGAUGAGUCCCUCCUGGCACAGGAGACACCACUUUACCGACCCGGUACUUUAGAGAGAGCAUUGCCCCAUGGCCUCAAACUGUCUGAGACCAAACACUCCGACAAGAGCAAGAUUCAGGCGAUGAGCACACAAUGCAUGAUCGACGCUGCUACGCCAUUCACCUUCAGUACGGAGAAGAAAAUACGAUCGUUUCGCUCGCUUUCGCCGCCGAAGACUAGCCCUAGCAAGACACGACCCAUUCAUAUGGCGGAAACCAUUUCUCCCCUCGCAUCCUCUCCGGUCUCCGUUUUUGACCCAGAUUCCUUCGCAGCUCAGCCUGAACCUAAAAGUCCGCAUUCUCCAUCUCCCUAUGCUCCACCCGAGAACACUAUUGCCUACCCAUACACCACAGACGCCACCUUACUUCCAUUAGACUUGGGUGGAUCAACGCCGACCACGCAGGAUGGACAAGGAGGACUCCACACGACAGACAGUUUCAAUCUCAACCAGGCCAUCGCCGAUGCUGGCAGUUGGCUACGGCAAAGCUUUAAAUGA